AUGGCGCUCCAUGAACCUCUGGGACAGUUUUCAAAGGCGUUUGUUCGGCGCCUAGUGACAUCAGUCUAUUCUCCUAUACCAUCGUUACGGCGCAAUGUCUCCGACAACGCAUCUGAUCGAGUAGACUUGGCCGAAACCACCUUCUAUGAAGCUUCGCAAGCAGAUACCGACGUGAUCCAGAAGUUUGAUCCCAUAGCAAGAAGCAGAGCUCGAAGGCAACAGCUGCCUCGUAGUCGCUACCAAUUCCGCUCCCCAAAAUACGACAAGGGCCCUCUUCACCCCCAUAGACCUCCUCCAGAAUGGGAUCCAUCGUCCCGUCUUUUCGUUCCAGGCCCCUUCAGCAACUCUCGCGUCGAACAGACAUAUGAAUCGACGAUCGCCCCCGACAUCCUCACCCUUUGCUACGUUCACAACCCACCCGGGUUCACACCACCACCCAAGUCCGAGCGGCUUCGGUCAUGGGGCGACAGUUCACCGUAUCACAAAAAUAGAUCGCUCCGCGGGCCCAGAGGUGGCGAUGUCCUCCGUCUUCUCCGCAAACCAAUUACUUUCAGGAACAUACCGAAACUCGAGAAAAUCACCGUCCACAGCUACAUCAAAGAAGCCAUAUCCAGCGGCUCGGCCCCCUUACACGUCGGCGGCAUGGUUAUACAGGCUAUCACUAAUGUCAGAGCCGAGACCCACACGUCCAGAAGCAGUGUGCCGAAAUGGGGCAUCACUCCUGGCAAGAAUUUUGUCUCCGUGACUGCGGAACUCCGUGGAGAGAAUAUGUACCACUUCUUCGGAAAGCUUGUCGAUGUGGUUAUGCCGAGGAUCAAGGACUGGAAGGGUGUCAAAGGCAGUAGUGGUGAUAGCAGCGGCAACAUCACACUUGGGCUGGACCCGCAGGUUGUCGCUUUAUUUCCCGAAAUCGAGGUGAAUUAUGAUAUGUAUCCACCAAAAAUGAUUCCAGGUUGCCACAUCACCAUCCACACCUCCGCUCGCAUGGACAAGGACGCCAGACUUCUACUUAGCGCUAUGGGAAUUCCAUUCUACGGAAAAUUUGUGAACUAA